UAUCCUUCACUUCAAAACCCUCUCUUCAUUCUACCUCAAAACCUUAUCUGUUUAGAAACGGAGAGAGCAACCAUGUCUACUACAGCCUCUUCCUUAGCUCUCCAAUCUCUCACACCCAAAACCCUUUCUCUCUACAAUCCAAAACCCACUUUGGUCUCUCUCUUCUCUAUCACUCCCUCUACUCUCAGGCUUCACUGCAAGCCCAUUUCCAUUUCUGCUUCUCUUUCAGGGUUUCGGACCCUUUCGUCUCGGUUUGUCAGAAACGUUGCCGUUUCUUCUGAGUUUGACCAAGAAGAGGACCUCUUGAGCGAUGAAGACGUGCCUGGCUUCGCACCUGACCUCAAACUCUUCGUGGGUAAUCUCCCUUUCACUGUGGACAGUGCUCAGCUCGCUGGUUUGUUCGAAAGCGCUGGAAAUGUUGAAAUGGUCGAGGUGAUUUAUGACAAGACAACUGGAAGAAGCAGAGGAUUUGGAUUUGUGACCAUGUCUUCGGUUGAGGAAGUUGAAGCUGCUGCUCAACAGUUCAAUGGCUAUGAAUUUGAGGGAAGGGCACUAAGGGUGAAUGCUGGACCUCCUCCACCUAGGAGGGAGGAUUCCUCUUUUAGAGGUGAUUCUUCUUUUAGAGGUAACAGAGGUGGGGGAAGUUUUGGUUCUGCCAAUCGUGUUCAUGUGGGUAACCUUGCAUGGGGCGUUGAUGAUUUAGCACUUGAGAAUUUGUUUAGCGAGCAAGGAAAGGUUAUGGAAGCAAGGGUGGUUUAUGACAGGGAGAGUGGUAGAUCAAGAGGUUUUGGUUUUGUAACCUACGGUUCUGCUGAAGAGGUCAACAGUGCUAUUGAAUACUUGAAUGGUGUUGACUUGAAAGGCAGACCACUACGAGUCAGUCAGGCAGACGCUAAGCCCCCAAGGCGUCAAUUUUGAGUUUUGACUCAUUCGAAUGUCCUUGACCAUCAAAAGACAUGGGGGACUUGAAGUUGUGCAAGCUGGAACCUACUGCUGUCCAUCAAGAAUGUACAGAAAAUGGUCCUCGCACUACUGUAGUUUCUGGGCCUACAGAUGGACGAGCUGAUAAAUGUGUUUUUUGAAAGAUGAUUAUGUAUGUUCUGAGUAUCAUAAUCCUGAUAAGAAACUGAUAUGUUGCCUAUCUGUUUGACUUUUGGCUGAUCCAGUACAUGGGUAUUUUAAUUGUUUGUCUUUCCCAAAUAUGUUUUAGAUGAUUUUGUAAUUGUAGGAUGAAUGAAAGAAAUGAAUUUGAUAAUUUCUUGGAUGA